AUGAUCGACCGCAUCUACGUCUGUAAUAUGGGGCGGGCCCUCGCGGCCUGCACGCGGGCCCUCCUCCGCACCUUCCCGGCCGCCGUCGUCGGGCGGGUCGAGAUCGUCAGCGACGCCGACCUCCGCCGCGGCGUCCUGCGCGAGUUCGUCAACGCGGACCGCCUCCCCGUCAGCCUCGGCGGCCACGCCGCGGACGAGGACCCGGACGACUGGGCGGCCCUCUGCGAUCACGUCGUGGACUACUACACCGGCCUCCAGCGCGGCGUCCUCGAGGACCACCUGACGGUCAAGGAGUGGGAGCUGCGCGAGCUCAAGAUCACCGCGGAGGCCAUGGCGUCCUCUUGGUCACCCUUGGAGCAGACCACAAGGGCCCCUUCCCCGCAGCAAACCGCCUCCAAGCUUUCCUUCAGCUGGACGGCCGGCGCGCGAUCGGAGGGGAGCACCCUCUCCCGCCGCCUGCUGCGGACCUGCACCGAGAACCUGUCCGAAUCCAGCCUUGACAACUGCGAAGAGGAAGAGGAGGAGGAGAAGGAGAAAAAGGAGGAAGAGGAAGACUCCGGCACGUGGCGGAGCAUCAUGAAACCUUUUGAGUUCGCCCGCGCGCUUUCAUUUCUGGAGGAGCUCCUUUGCUGUCGGAAUGAGAUCGAAAGCGAGGAGCUUGGCGGGCGACUUCUUAUUACCGAGCUCGCCCGCGCGAGGUUGACGGAGAUUGUGAACAAAAAAGUAUUAACCGAGCCUAUCGGAGAAAAUAAGAAUAAUCAGAAUACCCCUAACAGCUCCCUCACGUCGCUGGCUAAAGAAAGUCGCAAUUCAAAAGAGUCGUCAAAAAAGCGAGUGCGAUAUGCUUGUUUUUGUGUGGUGUGCUAG